AUGGGGAAGAAAUGGACCAACUUUGAUCAGAAGGAGCGGGAGGGGCUGUUUGGGAACGUCUACAAUGAUCUGAUCGCGAUGGCAGGAGAGUUUGUGGGGACUGUCCUUUUCCUGCUGUUCGCUCUUGGUGCAUCACAAAGCGUAGCGACAAAUUUGCUCGAGACCACUGGCGCCACCCCCAGCUCCACCGACGCAGUGACCAAGCUACUGGGGUACUUCUACAUCUCGGCCGCGUUCGGACUAUCCCUCUUCGCCAUGGCCUCCAUCUUUUACCGAUUUACCGGUUCCAUCUUCAUCCCUUCUGUAGGGCUCGCGCUCGUCCUGUGCGGCGUCAUCAAGCCCGUUCGCUUCGUUCUGGUCUCCCUCGCUCAACUCCUAGGUGGCAUUGUCGCGGCAUCCAUCCUGGAUGGCCUGACGCCAGGACCUCUGGCGGUAUCCGUCACUCUGGCACCGGGCAUGAGCCGGACCCAGGGGCUGUUCAUCGAGAUGUUUGCUACGGCUGCUUUAACGAUGAGCGUGUUGAUGCUAGCUGCUGAGAAACACCUGUGCACUCCUCAGGCGCCUCUAGGGUUUGGGCUUACUCUUUGGGCAGUCAUGCUAUUCUCGAUCCAGUCCACUGGGGGAGCAGUCAACACUGCGAGAGCCUUCGGUCCGGCGGUCAUCUCUGGCUUUGAUGACUAUCACUGGAUCUACUGGCUGGGUCCAACUCUUGGCUCCCUACUCGCCGCUGCUUUCUAUAUCAUGCUCAAGCACUUCCACUAUUGGCGCGUCAACCCAGGGCAAGACUCGACGGAUGUCCGCGACUCGCCAGCCACUCCCGUCCUGUCGCCCAUGGGCUCCAAUGUAUAG